AUGGCCCUUCGACUGCACAGACUCUUACCGAAAAUUCGAGAGGCUCCUCCUGUCUGCGAUUUUUGUCGUGGCUUUAGUACAUCUCCAGUCGUCUUCUCCGGACAUAGCAAGUGGGCAACCAUCAAGCAUGACAAGGCCAAGAACGACAGCGCAAAGGGCAAGGAGCGUCAAAUGUUGAGCAAGGAAAUUAGCGGCGCAACACAAUUAUGGGGUCCUGAUCCGAAAUAUAAUCCACGUCUGACGCUGGCGCUAUCGAAUGCGAAAAGAGCCUCUCUUCCCAAAACCAUUAUUGAAGCGGCCAUCCUACGAGGUCAGGGACUGAGUACCACCGGACAAAAAUUGGAGUCUGUGACAAUUGAGGCCAUGCUUCUUGGAUCAGUAGCUGUGGUCAUUGAGUGUCAAACGGACCAGAAAGCUCGUCUGUUGCAAGAUAUUCGACAUUUGAUCAAGGACUAUGGAGGAACAGUAACACCCACCACUUUUCUUUUUGAAAAGAAAGGAAGAGUGGUCAUGGAGCAAAGGGAAGGUCUCGACGCGGAUGAAUACUUGGAUCAAGCAAUCGAGUCCGGUGCGACAGACAUUAUCACCGACGAUAAAGACCGCUUGAUCGUAUAUACCGAACCUUUCGAAACGAAACGUGUGGGCGAGGCAUUUUCGAAAUCAUCUGGACUGACAAUCGAUGAACUGGGCAUGUUCUGGGACCCGAAUCCAGACACGCUUGUCGAGAUGAAGGAUGAAGAGCAAAUAAAAGAUCUUCAAGACCUCCUGAGUGACCUGCGGGAGGAUAAUAGCGUUCAGGAUAUCUACUUGAACGCUACAGAGAAAUUUUGA